AUGUUUGAAGAAUUAGGUCAGAAAGUGUCUCCGUUGACGCUAUUCGAAAGCAAGCGUUGUGUAAACGUAUGUGCGCCUAUGGUAAGAUACAGCAAGCUACCCUUUAGAGAACUAGUGCGAGGGUAUGAUGUCGACCUGUGCUAUACUCCCAUGAUAUUAUCGGCCGAUUUUGCAGCAUCAAAGUAUGCACGUGAUAGUGAACUCACUACAAAUAUAAAAGAUACGCCGCUUGUUAUACAGUUUGCUGCCAAGAACUCGAAAGAACUCUCUGAUGCCGCCGAGUUAGUCGCCAAAUACGUUAGUGGGAUUGACAUAAACUGUGGAUGUCCGCAAAAAUGGGCAAUCAACGAAGGUAUCGGAGCACGUCUGAUGGAAAAGCCCGAGUUUGUUAGGGACAUGGUUAGAGCUGUGAAAUCCAGAGUUGGUACUGAAGUCACUUGUUCGGUUAAGAUACGUGUGCAUGCUGAUUUGAGGCAAGUGACAAAAAAUAAGAGUUUAUUGGAAACCGUCUCAUUUGUCCAACAAGUCGAGUCGACUGGUUUAGAUUUUAUCGCUGUUCAUGGCCGCACACGUCGUCAGCGUUCGAGUGAACCAGUCAAUCUUGAUGCGAUCAAGCUAGUAAAAGAAACUGUCUCUAUUCCCGUUAUCGCCAACGGAGAUGUGUUUAGUGUAGAAGACGCUCAGAGAAUUCAAUCCUAUACAGGUGUGGAUGGAGUAAUGUCAGCAAGAGGAAUAUUAGAAAAUCCUGCAUUGUUUUCUGGACAUAAAAGGACUCCGUGGGCAUGUGUUGAAAAGUUUGUGAGGCUGUCUUUGGAUUAUGGAAACAAUUUCUUUAUAUUUCAUCACCACUUGAUCUAUAUGCUGGAGAAGGUAAUGAGUAAUGCCGAGAGUAAGGCCUUUAAUACUCUCACAAAUACACCUGCAGUGCUCGAUUAUUUGGAAGAGCAUUAUGGACUCAAAUUAUAUUAA